ACCGUCAAAGGCCAUCUCGUGAGGUUAUGAGGAGCGUCUGAAAGAACAAAGUGUCUCAGAUUUCACGUAUUGCCCUUAAUCCUGUUUUACAGAUGAGAACAGUGAGGCUGAGAGAGUAAGUAGGUUUCUCAAGGUCAUAGAGCUCUGUGUGGAUGCCGUUAAAAUGGGUAACUUAGAAUCCUGAUCUUUUGCCUUCUAGAGCCCUUGGUUUUAACCUUUAUAUUAUCCUGCCUUUUUUUGCACUGGUGUAUUGAGGCCUAGGGUCUGAAAAUCAUCUUGGACCCAGGUUAAAAUGGGGUAGUCAAACAAGCAAAAACCCAGGACAAUCUAUUCCUGCCCCCACCCCAAGGUGAUUGUAAUGACUCUGUUUCCUAAAUUGUUUUUGCUCUGGGUGCUAAAAUCUUAUAUGGCAUUCUUUACAGAUGCUUUCCUGCAGUUACUGCUUUUCUUUGCAAGACUCUCAAGGGCUGAAAAGUCAAUUGAUUAAGGGCAAAAAAAGGACAGUACCUACAUAGCCUUGAUUUGAAUUCUAGCUACCCUUACCCUGUGAAGGCACUGGUCUGUCAACUUACCCAACCAAGUUGUGGGUUAUAUUCUCUUCCUGGGUUGCACUGUGACAGAAUGCAGGGUUUAUUUGUUUUAAUGGGAAGGGAAAUCAUUAAAGUGACACAGAAUGAGAAAGAACCUUGGGAAGAAUGUGUUUUUGACUGGGGGUGUCUUUAAAGUUAUAGGUGACACAUUGUUUGUCUGCAUUUUCUAGGGGAGGGUUUUUAGCUUUCAUAGCAUUCUCAAAGGUAUUCUUGCCUUCCCCAAAUUUAGCAGCUUACCUGUUUCAGCUUUUUCAUCGCACAUAAGGAACAACUGAAAUUCGGGGUGGAGUAUCGACUUGUCUGAGAUCACAUGGUUAGAGUUGAGCCUUGAAGCCAGGUCUUCGUGCGCUGCUCAACAUGCAGUGCUCUUUUUCUCGUUAUACCUUAACCAGGUAACCUCGUCAUUUGUUGAGUGAGGUUUAAAUGAGAUGUGAGUGGGCUUUGUAAUACACAGAUGUCUCCUGUGUUUUCUGCUCCGACUCCCUCCUCCCAGAAGCCUAAGUUCUCUUCUGACAGAUUUUCAGGAGCAACAACAGUGUAUCAUUUCUGUCUCAUAAAAUUGAAGUGGUUUCUGGAAACCUUUCUCCCUCUAAGGAUGGAGUCUUUUGGGUAAAACUCCUACUAAGAACGUGGCCACAGAUAUACUAGCUCUUGUGGCCACAAAUAUACUAGCUCUUCUUGAACUCGUCAUUCAGGUUUUUUUGUGCCUUUCUUUUUCCAGCAAAAUCCGUUCAUAGAUUUUCUGUUUCUUAGGCCGGACAGUAAUGUUGGUCUGUCAGAUUGCCGUUUAAACCUAAGCUGUCCAAUACUCUAGCCAUAUAUGUGGCUAAUUUAAAUUCAUUACAUUUAAACAAAACCAAAUUAAUUUGGUUCCUCAAUCAUACUAGUCAUAUUUCAGGUGCUUAGUAGCCGUAUUGGAGAGCACAGAUACAGAACAUUCCCAUCAUUUGCAGAAAGGGUAUUGAACAGUGCUGGUUUAGAGGAUUGCCAGUGGAGAUGGGGAGCGGUGUAGUAUAAUGAAAGAAGGCUCGGAGAGUUGGCUUUUUCAAUUAAAAAAAAAAAAAAAUCUGUUCAGUCCCUAUUUGGGUGUGGUGGCCUUAGGCAUGUCAUGAAACCACAGAUUAUUAAUCUUUACUAAUGAACCCUUUAUUUUGUGUAGCACUUGACUAUUCUCAAAUAGACUUACUUCUAUGGUAUCCUUUGAGCCUUAUCACUGUAAAUCUGUAGCAAAGGUGGAUGAGACAUCUUUCUUUUUAUAUGUGAAAGACUCGAACCUGAACUAGCUGAAGGACCUACCUGCUCAAAGUCACACAAGCUGGCAGAGUGUAAAGAAAUCUAUUACAUACAGCCACUUACUGCGUGUCUGAAUGAAUCAUUGAAGCAGUUUGCUUAAGCCAUGGAUGCAUCAUAUGAUGGUACUGAGGUAACUGUCGUGAUGGAGGAAAUUGAGGAAGCCUACUGUUAUACCUCUCCUGGGCCACCCAAGAAGAAGAAAAAGUAUAAAAUACAUGGAGAAAAGGCCAAGAAACCCAGGUCGGCUUACCUUCUCUACUAUUACGACAUCUACUUGAAAGUGCAGCAGGAGCUCCCCCACCUCCCUCAAUCCGAGAUCAAUAAGAAGAUUAGUGAAAGUUGGAGGCUCCUGAGUGUGGCUGAGAGGAGUUAUUAUCUGGAGAAAGCCAAACUAGAGAAAGAAGGUUUGGAUCCUAACUCUAAGCUCUCUGCACUGACUGCUGUGGUUCCGGACAUCCCAGGUUUCCGCAAGAUCCUCCCCCGCUCAGAUUACAUCAUCAUCCCCAAGAGCAGCCUACAGGAGGAUCGGAACUGCCCUCAGCUAGAGCUUUGUGUGGCCCAGAACCAGAUAUCCCCUAAAGGGCCAUCUCUUGUGUCCAGUGCUGCCCCGGAGGCAGUGCCCAGCCAUGCAGGCAUGGCAGAGCAGUGCCUGGCUGUGGAGGCCCUAGCUGAGGAGGUGGGAGCCCUUGCCCAGCCAGGUGCUGUACAAGAGAUCGCUACCUCAGAGAUCCUCAGCCAGGAUGUGCUCCUGGAGGAGGCUUCCCUGGAGGUAGGAGAGAGCCACCAACCGUACCAGACAAGCCUGGUGAUUGAAGAGACCUUAGUGAACGGCUCACCAGACCUCCCCACCGGAAGCCUGGCUAUGCCCCACCCCCAGGUUGGGGAGAGCAUGUCAGUGGUAACUGUCAUGAGGGAUCCCAGUGAGAGUAGCUCCUCUGCGCCAGCCACGCAGUUCAUCAUGUUGCCUCUUCCUGCCUACUCAGUUGUGGAGAACCCCACCUCCAUCAAACUGACCACUACAUACACCCGCCGGGGCCAUGGGACAUGCACCAGCCCAGGUUGCUCCUUUACCUAUGUCACCAGGCACAAACCACCCAAGUGCCCUAUCUGUGGUAACUUCCUAGGAGGGAAGUGGAUCCCAAAGGAAAAGCCAGCCAAAGUCAAAGUGGAAUUGGCUCCUGGUGUCUCCUCCAAAGGUUCGGUGGUUAAAAGAAAUCAGCAGCCUGUCACCACUGAGCAAAACUCCUCUAAGGAAAAUGCCUCCAAACUGACUCUGGAGAACUCAGAAGCUGUAAGCCAGCUCCUAAGUGUAGCUCCUCCGAGAGAAGUGGGUGAGGAGAAUGAGUGGGAGGAAGUGAUCAUCUCAGAUGCCCAUGUUUUGGUCAAGGAAGCUCCUGGGAAUCGUGGUACGGCAGCCACGAAGACGCCGGUGGUCAAGAACGGUGUGCCGCCUGAGGUCUCUCUGGGGACAACUGAGAAUGACAGUCCAGGACCAGACAUACCACCACCAGCUGAGAGGACCAGCACCUCCAGUCCUCUCCCUGCUCCCAAAAAGCCUGCAGGAGUUGACCCGCUCACCCCUGGGCUCAGAGCCCCUGAGCUUAAGGGCAAAGCUCGGGGCAAGCCCUCAUUACUGGCUGCGGCAAGACCCAUGAGAGCAAUCCUCCCAGCCCCAUCUAAUGUGGGCCGAGGCAACAGCAUGGGACUGUCCAGGGCCAGGCAGGCCUUUCCCCUGAGUGAUAAAACCCCCUCUGUGAGGACUUGUGGCCUGAAGCCAAGCACGCUGAAGCAGCUGGGCCAGCCAAUCCAACAGUCAUCACACAGCAGCGAAGUGAAGCUAACAAAUGGCCCGGGCAGUCGGACGUCACAAGUAAAAGUUGUAGAAGUCAAGCCUGAUCUGUUUCCUCCAUACAAGUACAGCUGCACUGUAACGCUGGAUUUGGGCCUCGCUACUUCAAGAGGCCGGGGAAAGUGCAAGAAUCCCUCUUGUAACUACGUCUACACCAACCGACAUAAACCGCGGAUUUGUCCCAGCUGUGGUUUUAACCUUGCUAAAGACCGGACUGAGAAAACCACCAAGGCUCUUGAGGUCAGCUCACCGCUCCCAGAUGUGCUGAGUGCCACAGAGCCCCUGAGCCUGGCCCAGAGGGAGGUCCAGCGCCAGUCCACUCUGCAGCUGCUGCGCAAAGUCCUGCAGAUUCCUGAGAACGAGUCUGAGCUGGCUGAGGUCUUCGCCUUGAUUCACGAACUCAACAGCUCUCGACUCAUUCUGUCCAACGUGAGUGAAGAGACGGUCACCAUCGAGCAGACCUCUUGGUCGAAUUAUUAUGAGUCUCCGUCCACGCAGUGCCUACUCUGUAGCAGCCCAUUAUUCAAAGGGGGACAAAACUCCCUGGCCGGGCCCCAGGAGUGCUGGCUGCUGACAGCCAGCCGGCUACAGGUGGUGACUGCCCAGGUGAAGAUGUGUCUGAACCCUCAUUGUCUGGCCCUGCACAGCUUCACGGACAUCUAUGCAGGUCUCUUUAAUGUGGGGAACAAGCUACUAGUGAGCCUGGACUUGCUCUUUGCAAUCCGAAACCAGAUCAAGUUGGGGGAGGACCCCAGAGUGUCCAUCAGCACUGUUCUGAAGUCAGUGCAGGAGCAGACAGAAAAGACCCUGACCUUGGAGGAGCUGAGCCAGCUGCAGGAGCUGCUGUGCAAUGGCUAUUGGGCUUUCGAGUGCCUCACUGUCCGAGACUACAAUGACAUGAUCUGUGGCAUCUGUGGUGUGGCUCCCAAAGUGGAAAUGGCCCAGAGGAAUGAAGAAAAUGUGUUGGCACUGAAGAGUGUGGAAUUCACCUGGCCCGAGUUCUUGGGCCCUAGUGAGGUAAACGUGGAGGACUUUUGGGCCACAAUGGAGACAGAGGUGAUUGAGCAGGUGGCCUUCCCUGCCAGCAUCCCUAUCACCAAGUUUGAUGCGUCUGUUAUUGCCCCCUUCUUUCCACCGCUCAUGAGAGGAGCUGUGGUCGUCAACACUGAGAAAGACAAAAACCUGGAUGUGCAGCCAGUACCUGGCCAUGGCAGUGCCUUGGUGAGGCUACUCCACGAGGGCACCUGCAAGCUUGAGGAGAUUGGCUCCUACAGUGAGGAGGAGCUACGGCACUUGCUGAGUCAGUGUGGCAUCCCCUUUGGGACAGAAGACUCCAAGGAACAGCUCUGCUUCUCCUUGUUGGCCCUCUAUGAAUCUGUACAGAAUGGAACCAGAGUUAGACAGCCCCCACCUCAUCUCACGGGGGGUAAAAUCUACAAGGUGUGCCCCCAUCAGGUGAUCUGUGGCUCCAAGUAUCUCGUGCGGGGCGAAAGUGCCCGCGACCAUGUGGAUCUGCUGGUCUCUUCCCGCCAUUGGCCACCUGUCUACGUGGUAGACAUGGCCACACCAGUGGCCCUGUGUGCUGACCUCUGCUACCCAGAGCUGACCAACCAGAUGUGGGGGAGGAACCAGGGCUGCUUCUCUAGUCCUGCGGAGCCACCUGUGAGCGUAUCCUGCCCAGAGCUCUUGGACCAGCAUUAUACUGUGGACGUGAUGGAGGCUGAGCACUCCGUCCAGCACCCGGCCACCAAGACUGCCGCACGGCACAUCGUCCAUAUAGACACACAGUCCAGUCUUGGUGACCCCAGUACUGGGCACCACUCUUCAGCCCUAUGCCCUGAGUUAGCACCCUACGCAGCCAUCCUGGCCUCCAUUGCAGACAGCAAACCAAACAGUGUCCGCCAGCGGCCCAUUGCCUUUGACAAUGCCACCCACUAUUACCUCUACAACCGCCUCAUGGACUUCCUCACCAGCCGCGAAAUCGUCAACCGGCAGAUCCAUGACAUCGUGCAGAGCUGCCAGCCUGGCGAGGUGGUCAUCCGCGACACCCUCUACCGCCUUGGGGUUGCUCAGAUCAAGACAGAGGCUGAGGAAGAGGGUGAGGAAGAGGAGGUGGCUGCAGUGACAGUAUAAGCCAGGCUCUUGCACCGGGACUGGGACUGCACCAUCUCAAGCCAUAGUGAGGCCCUUGCCCGAGGCAGAUCCAUCCAGGGAACCAGCAGGAAUGUUCACCUUUGGGGAGGCCUCUAAUGCUGGGACUGACCAAAGAGCUUCCCUUUCCUGAGCAUGGUGGGACACGGGAGCCAUGGUUCUCAAUCUCCUGGGGGUCAGGAGAAGCACCAGGACACUCCUUACUAGCCCCAGAGAGCACUUAGGGGAUAUAGGAUGUUCAACAGAGGGGAACGGAGGCUGAGGGAAUGCUGGUAGCGGAUGGCUUCCCUGGGGCCUGCUGCGGGUCCGGGUCGAGGUCCUGGGGUGGGCUGAAGCGGAGUCCGGCCUUCCGGGGGGGAAGGCCACUGAGGUAGCUCUUCCCACCCCAGGGAACACUCUUUCCAGCCCCUGUGGCCACACAACUUCCUUUUAGCCUGUUGCCUUUGACUUGGGGGCCUUUGGGGCCUCAUUAGCUCUAGGGGUCCCUUCGGGCUCUUGAUUUUCCCAGAGGGGGGAUGCAUUUCCUUCCUACUCUUCCUGCACCCAGAUUUGGGGGAAGCUGAGGAAGGAGAAACAGCCACCGCUCUCUUCCAGGACUGUCUUCUCUGCCCUGAGCUUUAAGGAAGAGGACCCCCUUCCUCCUUUCCCUGGCCACUGCUGCUGCACCCCACAUCCUUUCUGGGCCCUGGAUCCUCACCACAGAAGGGAUGUGGCCCACUGGCAUGACAUAACCUGGCGGCAGUAGGAAAAACUCCCUUCUGUGAAGGGGAAGCAGACUGGGCCAUAAGGAAACAGCGGGACUGGCUCAAGUGCCUAAGGUUUGCUUAGGGCACGGGAAUUGGCCGUGUGUUAUUUAAUUUAUUGAGAGGAGUGGAGUAGGUGGCUUUUUUCCCCUCCUUCCCCUGCCAAGAAUAAAAUUUAUUAAAUUA